AUGGGUAUUGCAAGGUGCAAAAAUCAUGAAGCUUCCAAUUAUUUAUGGGAAUUGUAUUAUGGGGGAUGGGCAGCACCUAAUAUAUACUUCUUGGGGUAUGCAGUGGUUGUGAAGUUUGGCAAUAUCUGUAUCGGUGGACUUUCCGGAAUUUACAAUGCGCGACACCAUGAAAGGCCACCUUAUAAUGACAAUACUAUCAGGUCUGUGUAUCAUGUCCGGGAAUACGAUAUUCACAAGCUUAUGCACCUAGAGGAACUGAUGGAUAUUUUCCUUUCACACGAUUGGCCGCUCAGCAUCACUGAUUAUGGGAACUGGCAACACCUUGUUCGCUACAAAAAACAUUUCAAAGAUGAGUUGAAACAUAUUUUCCUAGAUCAGCAAGGAACCCUUGGAAGCAAACCUGCUGCUCAGCUGCUCGAAAAACUCAGACCAUCGUACAUUUUUUACCUUAUGUUGUCUCAAAAGGUUCUGGGAGAUAUUCUAAGAGGAGAAAACACUGGCCUGAACAAGCUUUCAUGA